AUGACUCGUCGGGGUUUUUUGGACCCAACUUCGGCUGAAACUUUGGCAGCCAUUAUGGCGGUUCAGUUGUGCACUGAGAUGGGGAUGAAGCAGGUCCAACUGGAGGGUGACGCGAAGGUGGUCGUGGAUGCAGUGAAUUCCCUGCUGCCUGAUGAGAGUGCAACGGGACACCUCACUGAAGACUUGCGGAUAGCUCUACAUUCCUUCACGUCAUGGGAGUUGGGGUACGUUCGGAGGGAAGGCAAUAACGUGGCUCAUAUUCUUGCCAGUUUGGCUGUGCAAAAUGAGAUGGACAGGGUGUGGUUUUAUGAACCCCCGGAUUGUAUCCGUGAGACUCUACAUGCAGAGGCUUUAGCACUGCAGUGUAUGACUUGA